UCUUUCUAAUAUUUUGUUGUAGUGUAGCAGGAGAUAAACAGUGAGCGCAACCAAUAUUCACCGCGCCCAAUCUUCGAAGCAAAGCUCCGAUUUUGCUCUGUUUGAUCUGCAAAUUUCACUGAAACCAUUUCAAUCGAAACUCCCAAUUUUUUGUUUUUAUUUUUGGGUAGUUAAAUUCGAGGGAAAUUUUUUAUCCAUGGCCAUUUCUGACUCACUUGUGUUGUAGCCGAAUUCCGUAGAUGCAAGGGGCAACCCGGAAAAUUAGAGGGAGAAAGAGAGAAGAUAUUGCUUCCCCAAAAGUAAAGAUUCAAUUUUUAAAGCGUGAGCAACAAUGGGGUCUGUAGAAACAGCAGCUUCUUCUGGAAGCACUAACAUGUCUACCUCAGGGCUUCACAAGAAGCACCAAACGGAGCUAGAAAAUUUGACGCUAACCACACAACCCUUCAAAACACUAAAAUUCUUCACAUUAGCUGUUACUCAAUACAUGAAGAAAGCAGCAUUAUAUCUGUUGGCAAAAGGUGGAUGGCUUAUGCUUUUCAGUUUUGUGGUAGGGGCUCUUGGCAUAAUGUUGAUUACCCUGGAUGGUCCUCAUGAAAAGCAUCUUGAGGAGCUUCUUAAAUAUUUCCGCUUUGGACUGUGGUGGGUAGCCCUUGGGGUUGCGUCUUCAAUUGGUCUUGGAUCUGGUUUGCAUACUUUUGUUCUAUACUUGGGUCCCCACAUAGCUUUCUUUACAAUAAAAGCCAUGCAAUGUGGCCGAGUUGAUUUGAAGAUUGCUCCAUAUGAUACAAUACAGUUAGAUAGAGGUCCUUCUUGGCUUGAUAAAGACUGUUCGGAAUUUGGGCCGCCAAUGUUCCAGUCAGUACAUGGUUCACAGGUUCCACUUAGCAGCAUUUUGGCUCAAGUUCAGAUGGAGGCUGUUCUAUGGGGUAUGGGAACCGCUAUUGGGGAGCUUCCUCCUUACUUUAUCUCCAGGGCAGCACGCUUGUCUGGGAGCAAAUUUGAUGCAAUUGAAGAGUUGGAUACUGAAGAUAAAGGAAUCAUGGCAACCCACUUGAAUCGAAUCAAGCGUUGGUUUCUAUCACACUCUCAACAUUUGAAUUUUCUUAGCAUUAUGGCACUUGCUUCGGUGCCAAAUCCUCUAUUUGACCUUGCUGGUAUUAUGUGUGGACAAUUUGGGAUUCCAUUUUGGAAAUUCUUUCUUGCAACUUUGAUUGGAAAGGCAAUUAUUAAAACUCACAUACAGACGGUAUUUAUCAUCUCAGUUUGCAAUAAUCAGCUUCUUAAUUGGAUAGAGAAUGAAUUUGUCUGGGUUCUCAGCCAUAUACCUGGUUUUGCUUCUAUCUUGCCCAGUGUGAUUGAAACUCUCCAUGCAGCUAAAGAUAAGUAUCUGAAAGCACCCGAUCCAGUAUCCCCAAAUAUCCAGAGGAAAAAAUGGGAUUUCUCAUUUGCUUCAGUGUGGAACACUGUUGUGUGGCUUAUGCUUAUAAACUUCUUUGUCAAGAUAGUGAAUGCAACUGCUCAAAGGUAUUUGAAGAAACGGCAGGAGAAUGAGCUAGCUGCAUCAACCAACACGUCUCCAUCAACAGAUUAGACGUGCAAUACAAUGCUUAUGUUCUGCUUGUAUUGCUUCUUCUUUUUCUUUUUUCUUUGGCUCCUCUUGCAAGCAGAAAUGUUGAAAUUUGAAUUGUAGCUCUUCCUAUUUCCUGAAGGCCCCUUGAAAGUACUUAAUCGAACCAGAAUCAGACAUAUCUUAUUAGGAUCUUCUAUAGUAAUGAAUAUACACAGUUUGUACUUUCAUUUUAGGCAACCAUUGUUUGGGAUGGCUUUUAGAUUUUAACCACUUAUUUGCUACUACUUACGAUGGAAUUAUUGGAAUCCUACUAUUCUUUU